UCUAAAAGUUCAGUCUCGGUCUGAAAUUCCGUGUCUGACAAGGACAGAGGGUGACUCUGAAGUCUGAGCCGAAGAAUAGUCGCCUUGUACCUCUAGCUGAGAAAAAUCGGUCUAAAUUUGUGGCUACAAGAUUCGCCAAGAAGACUGACUUCAUCAAUGCCAAAGCUCAUGCUCCUUUUGCACCAUGAGAUCGAAUAUGCACCUCUUCUUCUUCUCGUCCCUUAUCCUCCUCGUUUGCUUUCUUACCCAUGAAUCCUUCGCCGGCACAACUGAAAUCAGCUACUCCGCCCUGGCCGCAGAUUCCGUCUUGUGCCAACGCUGGUGCGGCGGCACCACCGUCCCCUACCCUUUUGGCUUCUCUGCCAGCUGCCCCAUCGUCCUGUCCUGCGAUGUCACCACCUUCAGGCCGAUCGUAUUCCUCCCAUCCGGAGGAGGAGACAAUGACACGUCCUACCGCAUCGUCGACUUCAACUCCACAACCUCCACCAUCCUCCUUGAAAUCCCAUCGUCGUGCAGUCGCAGCAUCCCCGACGCCAGAAGGACGCUCUCCGGCGCCAACUACGGCGUCACGUCCCGCACCGGAUUGUUCCUCCAUGGCGGAUGCCGCGAGACCAACUCGACCUCCUGCGCCGUGCCUGUGGCCGUCAUGUCCAGUCUGCUGAGCGCGGCGCAGUGCAGGGACAACGAGACGGCGUUGGCCGCCAGCGCCGUGGCGUGCGUCGCUUCCAACUCGCCGACCAGGUCCGCGGGUGUUUUCCUGCAGUGGGAUAAGUCGGAUAAUACAACAUGCGACAACAUGCUGUCCUCCGCGUUGUAUGCGGAAACGGCGGAGGGGACAGCGUCGCUGGAGUUCGGCGUUGCGGAGCUUGGCUGGUGGGUCAACGGGACGUGCGCCGGCGGCAGCGAGCGAUGCGUGGCGGACGCGACCUGCUCCAACGUGGCAACGCCGAGCGGGACGGAGGGUCACCGGUGCGCGUGCGUCGCGGGGAUGGGCGGCGACGGCUUCUACGCUGGCGAGGGAUGCUACCUCACAGUCAAAGCUGGUGGUGCAUCAAGCUGGAUGCGCCACAAACUACCCCUGCUUGCUGGCGUGUGUGGCGUUCUGCUUUCGCUCGGCAUCUCGGCCCUCUUCAUCAUCCACCGGCGAAAAAGACACAAUGGUAUGACAAACACAACCAAACAACAGCCCACAAAGGCAGUGACACUCUUCCGCGGAGAACACGUGGAGGACGAGCUAGAGCAAGGAGCCGGCGCCCCCCGGCGGUUUUCCUACGAUGAGCUCGCCGCUGCAACUGACAACUUCUCCAACGACAGGGCGCUCGGGAGAGGAGGUUUCGGAUCUGUGUACCAAGGAUUCCUGAGCGACAUGAACCGAGAAGUGGCCGUCAAGAGGGUGUCCGAGACCUCUCGACAGGGCUGGAAAGAGUUCGUCGCCGAGGUGAGCAUCAUUAGCCGGCUCAGGCACCGGAACCUCGUGCAGCUCAUCGGCUGGUGCCACGGCGGCGACGAGCUGCUCCUGGUUUAUGAGUUGAUGCAUAAUGCUAGCCUCGACACUCAUUUGUACAAACCAGACUGCGUGCUGGCAUGGUCAGUUAGGUAUGAGAUCGUGCUCGGUGUAGGUUCUGCACUUCUAUAUUUACACCAGGACACGGAUCGACGCGUGGUUCACAGAGACAUCAAGCCAAGCAACAUCAUGCUAGACUCCUCCUUCAUCGCCAAGCUUGGCGACUUCGGUCUCGCGAGACUUAUUAAUGACGGCAGAAGAUCUUACACGACUGGCUUGGCCGGCACAUUGGGGUACUUCGAUCCAGAGAGCAUGCUGUCCGGCAGGGCGAGCGUCGAGUCAGACGUCUACAGCUUCGGGGUCCUCCUGCUAGAGGUUGCCUGCGGGCGCCGGCCUGCCGUGGUUCAGGCGAAUGGUGAUGUCGCUCACCUAGUUCAAUGGGUGUGGAACUUGUACGGCGAUGGAGGGAUCCUUGUUGCCGCCGACGAGCGGCUUAUUAGGGGCGAGUACGACGGUAAGGAGAUGGAGCAAGUGAUGGUCGUCGGGCUCUGGUGCGCGCACCCCGAUCGCGGCAUGAGGCCGUCCAUCAGGCAAGCUGUGAACGUGUUGCGAUUCGAAGCACCAUUGCCGAGCCUGCCGGCGAGGAUGCCUGUGGCAACCUACGGGCCACCCACAAACCCUUUGAGUUUUGGGACGCUGGUCUUAAGCAGUGCCGACGGCCGGUGACGACGAUCUCAUUGGAACACACGGACCACCCAGGACAUCGCUCACUGAUUAAAUUCAGAGCGACAACUUCUGUAACCAUCCUCAAUCUUAAAAAGAGAUGGUUUUCCCAUUAAUGAGUAAGCCAGCAAAAUAGUUGUACGAGA